CGUGGAGUCUGUAGUUUCAUUGCUUUUCGUUGGCUCCCCUCUUCUGGACUCCAACUACCACAAAGCCAACCGUUAUAGCUGUCAACUUUAAGAGACAGAGAUCCCAGCAACAUGGUUAGAUCAGGCUUGCAACAAGACGUGAUAAAUCUCUACAGACAGGGAAUGAGAAUUGCACUUAGCAAGCCAGCCCAAGUUCGCCCAGCUUUUCUCUUACAUCUAAGAUACAAUUUCAGGAAUCCACCCUUAAGGCAACGAGACUAUGUGGCCAUCGAGCAUCAACUUCGGAAAAUGUCCAAAACAUUAGAAAUGCUCUCCGACGCCAGCGUGCAGAGGAUCUCAGUAAGCAACGAAAUGGAAGCGUGGUGGGCAGAAGAAGUCUCAAGGGCCAGGGGUCGAGAUGUAGACAAGAAAAAAGAAAAAGAUCAAGUGAAAAAGACAAAUACUCAAGGACGGGACAGGGAUCAAUUUGGAGGCAGGCUACCUGGGCAUGGGGGUACAUGAGCCGAACGAAAGAAAAGAAGUUCUGGGGUUGGCUAUUCGAUGGCAGUUUAGCAUCAUAUAUUGCAGCGUUUAUGGCACUCGGUUACUCGAAAGCUCUGCACAAUUGCCAUGUACUGCGUGUGUGCCAUGCAGGGUUAAUUCCUGCCUUUGUGGCCAUCGUUACUGGCGGAACCAAAUUGUGAUCGGCAUCUAUUUAUGUUGAACGGAUUAAAAAUAGGGACACGACGGAAUUGAUCCUGUUGCUGGGUUGGCUUUCGCUGGUUU